AUGGCUGACGUGCGGAGGGUCUGUUUAUUUUAUUUGAUAGUUUUAGUUCACUCCGCCAUCAGCUAUGUGCCGAGAUCAGACUACCAAUGGGCGGAACCAGACUCCAAUGCUCCUUCGAACCCAUUAAGCAAAUUGGGAAGACAGCUCAGUCUGCAACGCGUGCAGGCACUGCGCAGAGUUAUGCAGGACUAUGGGGUCCAAGCCUUCAUCGUGCCUACAGCUGAUGCCCAUAAUUCACAAUACAUAGCGCCAACGGACGCUCGCCGGGAGUGGAUAUCUGGCCUCAGUGGUUCCUCUGGUACCGCCCUGGUCACCAGCACCGCUGCGCUGGUGUGGACUGAUGGGAGAUACUUCACACAGUUCUACCUGCAGGUGGACACGAGUGUGUGGGGCUUGAUGCGGCAAGGCACGGACUUGUCGAUCCAAGCAUGGUUAACACAAAAUAUGCCCAGUGGUUCAGUGGUGGGAGUCGAUCCCACUACCUACACGAGGACAGCCUGGACGCCUUUAUAUAACGCAUUACGAGCUGUGAACGUGACAUUGAUGUCGAUAGAUGAGAACCUGGUAGACCUAGCUAGGACCAGUAUACAUGACCCCCCGCCACCACGGCCCAACGAGCCUCUGCUAGCUCUUGGCGUUGAAUAUACUGGUAGGAUAUCCAGCAGUAAGAUUACAGAGCUGAGAGCUCAAAUGCGAUCGAGGGGAGCAUCUGCACUCAUCCUGACAGCGCUUGAUGACGUGGCCUUAAACAAUGUUAUAUUAUUUUGGGGAAACGGGGCGCUGGCGGCGAACGUGCGUGAGCAUUUAUCGGCAGAAAAUACACAAAUCGUUAUAAAACCUUAUGGUGAUGUGUUUGAUUAUAUCCGAAAUAUGACGCACGCUCUACCACCAGACAGCUCUAUUUGGUUGUCCACAGACGCCAGUCAUGCUGUGUAUUCCACAGUUGAAACGAACGACCUCAUUAACAUCAUCUCUUCAGUGUCUCCGGUCGCUUUAAUGAAAUGUGUCAAAAAUCAUGUGGAACUCGCAGGUUUCAGGUCAGCACACAUAAAAGACGGCAUAGCGGUGGUGAGAUUCCUCCGCUGGGUCCACGAGAGGGUGGACGCUGGCGACAUUGUGACAGAAAUUAAUGUGGUGGAUAAACUAAAUGAUUUAAGAGGAGAAGAAUUUGGUUAUAAAGGGCCGUCAUUUGCAACGAUUGCUGGUGCGGGAGAGAACGGCGCCAUUAUCCAUUAUAAACCGUCCCGUGAGGGGACACAAAGGGUCAUUAGGAAAGAAGACAUGCUGUUAGUCGAUUCUGGGGGACAGUACCUAGAUGGAACUACGGAUAUAACCAGGACUCGUCACAUGUCGACACCGAGCGAGAUGCAGAAGCUGACGUUCACGAGAGUCCUGAAGGGGCAGAUACUUCUCGGCACUGCUGUCUUCCCCAAGGGCUCCACAGGGAAUCUUUUAGAAACGCUGGCGCGUAAAGCGCUCUGGGACGUGGGGCUUAACUACGCGCAUGGCACGGGCCAUGGGGUGGGACACUUCUUGAAUGUACACGAGGGACCGUCCGGGAUCGGGGCCGCGCUGAUGGUGAACGACCCGGGCAUCGUGCCGGGCAUGAUUUUCAGUGACGAGCCUGGCUUUUACGAAGUGGGGGAAUACGGCAUCCGUCAUGAAGAUAUAGUGGAAGUCAUCGAAAUGAGCCCCGAGGUUGAUCAUAUAUUUGCAAAAGGUUUAGUCGGCAACUUCUCAGGGCAAGGAGCUGUUGGGUUUUACACCAUCUCACUGGCACCUCAUCAGGCGGCUUGUAUCGAUGUGGAACUCUUGAGUGACGAUGAGCUAAAAUACCUCAACUCAUACCACGCACGAGUACUGGCAACAUUAGGUCCUAUUCUAUUGAAUCGCAACCUAACUGAGGACUACGCUUGGCUCGAAAAAGAAUGCGCGCCAAUUCACAGAAGCGCCGCCAUGCUGGUUAAAUCCGCGCCACUUUUAAUUAUCGCAUUCAGUUUAAUAACUAGAUUGUAA